AUGUCCCAAGAUACAUUACAACUGUCUACAGUAGACCACAUAAUAUGGCCGAACGGCAAGCGCAUAGUGCUGCUAGCGGAGGGUAGACUAGCAAACCUGUGCUGCUCGUCUCUACCAUCGUUCGUAGUAUCCGUGACCGCGGCCACGCAGGCCCUCGCGCUCAUCGAGCUUUACAACGCGCCGCAGAACAGAUACAAGGCUGACGUGUACUUACUGCCAAAGAAGAUGGACGAGUACGUAGCGAGUUUGCAUCUACCCACGUUCGAUGCGCAUCUCACUGAACUCACGGACGAACAGGCAAAAUACCUGGGUCUGAACAAGCUGGGUCCGUUCAAACCGAACUACUACCGAUAUUAGCGUAACUAGUCACUAGUUGUAGCAAAUAGGGGACGCUUUUGGGGGUGGAAUUGGGUCUACCUAAAACGGGCCUAGGAAAUAAUGUGCAUACUAUUACUUCUAUGUAUAUUAGACAUACACACACACGUCCACUUACAAGGUGGAGCGACGACAUCAUAAAGGUAGCAGGAAAGCGCUGGACGCAGGCCGCUACCAAUCGAUCAACAUGGAAA